AUCACCAAACUGAGGAAUCGCCAGCUUUCAAAGCUCUGCAAUUUCCAUGGCGACUCCCAAUCAAGAAGCAAUUGAUACUUUCAUCGGCAUCACCGGCGCCACCGCCGCCGCCGCCGCUCGGAAACUCGAGGAGCAUGGAGGCAAUCUCAACGAAGCUGUGAAUGCAUAUUUCAAUGAAGGAGAUAGAAACACAUCAGUGAAUGUACAUGAGACACCUGUUCUUGGUCAAGAUGAUUUCAUGGACGUAGAUGAUCCGGAUGUACUCGGAUCUCAUAGAGAUCCUCUACCACUUCUAGCUGCAGCCAGAAAUAUCAAUCCAUUAUCUUAUCUAGAGAACCUUGGUAGAACCGUCUUUGAUACUGGUAACGAUAUAACAAACCGUGCACCAUUUGUUACUCAUCCAAGAGAAGUGAGGGAAAUCCCCAUAGAAGUCAAAGAUGACAUUCAUUCAUCUGGUCAAUCUGGCCAUGCUCCUAUCAUUGAUGAUGUUACCGGAACAGCCCAAGCAUAUGGCCCAGGUAUCAGUGGAACAGUUAUAGUUGAUGAUGACGAUGAUGAUAUUGCAGCUGCCCCAACUGUUGGGAGCGGACCAAGAGAUAACUUUUCGGGUGAUGGAUCUCAUCACCGCACUUUUGCACCUAGCGCUCCUCAACUUGUUGAUCCUAACAAUGAUAUUGAAGAACAAAUGAUUCGAGCUGCUAUUGAGGCUUCAAAACAGGAAGUUGAGGCUAACCACUCAAAUCACCAAUUUGGUGUACCCAAUGAGUUUGAUGACAUUGGGCCUCAGCAAAGACAAUCUCACCUAGAGGAUCCUGAACUUGCCCAUGUAGUUUCAUUGUCACUGAAGACAGCAGAGCAAGAGAAAGCAUUGCGUGAGCAUGGGGGAAAUGUUAGAAUGGCAGAGAUGGAUGCUUCUGAGGCAGCUGAGGAAGAGCUGGGUAGACUAGCAGAACCAAAUGGAAGCUUGGAGGCAGGAAGCUCAUCUAUCAGAGAUGAUACUGAAGAUGCGGAGGAACAGCCUCUUGUCAGGCACAGGUCCAGGCGCAUGCCUCCUGGGUCUGUGGAACCUUCUAAAGAAGUUGGACCUAGUGAGACUAGCACACCUUCUAGUCCUGGAGAGCAGGAUACGGGUGAUCAGCCUAGUCAUGAUGGCGGUGCCUUCCCUUCUGAUGAGUGGGGAGGCAUGUCUUCACAGGAGCAUGAUGAAGCAGUGAUGCUUGAGGCUGCGAUGUUUGGUGGAAUCCCUGAAGGGUCUGGAUAUCGCGUCCCCUAUGCACCUCAUCAUUUUAUGCGACCAGAGAGUCCGUAUCCCCUGCCAGUACCUCGUCCCCCUUCACCCUCUCUGACGGCACAUCGCAUGAUACGGGAACAACAGGAUGAUGAAUACCUUGCAUCACUGCAAGCGGACAGAGAAAAGGAACUGAAGGCUAUUGAGGAAGCAGAAGCUCGUCGUGAAGCAGAAAGACAAAAAGAGGAGGAAUCUCGGAGGAAAGUUGAGGAGGAGCAGGAAUUGGAGAGACAAUUAGCAGCAAAAGAAGCUAGUCUCCCUCAAGAGCCAGCAUCAGAUGAUGUUAAUGCUGUAACCCUUCUGGUGCGAAUGCCGGAUGGCAGUCGCCAUGGUCGUCGAUUUCUUAAGACUGAUAAGCUGCAGUCUCUUUUCAAUUUCAUAGAUAUUGGCAGAAGAGUGAAACCCGGUGCUUACAGAGUGGUGAGGCCGUUCCCUAGGCGUGCUUUCAGUGAUGGAGAGUGUGCUUUGACACUGAAUGAACUCGGCCUGACCAGCAAGCAAGAAGCUUUGUUUUUGGAGUUGAUAUAGCAGGUGACUUCAAAAUGUAGAAUAUAGAAGGAUCUUAAUUUAUCAACAUAUAUUGUUAAAUGAAAUACUAAUUUUCAUUUGGCUAUUGGGUUUGUUUGAAUGAAAUACUUCAUACAUGGUUACGUGGGACAUGACUCAUGAGCAAAGUCAGAUUUAAAAAGCAGAAUAAUUAUGGUCACUAUGUUUUUAUGAGUUGAGUAACGAAGUUUGGGGAUGUUUUCUAUGCAUCUCUGGUCGUGCUCAUACGUUAGACAGAAUGAUCUGAAUGCUUAU